AUGUUAAAGCAUCAAUUUCUAAUUCACGUAUUCAUUGCUAUUUGUUCGAGUCACUUUUUGACGUCAAAUCGAAUCGAUCCUGAGCGCGAUCGCUUUGUCACUGUUCAAGAAUAUUAUAAUCAAAUCAAAUGCACAAAAGGAUGUGAACAGAAUUGCUACAAUUUCAUGACCUAUCGCUGGGAUGAGUUGUCCGCAAAUUGCUAUGAAUGCAUUGGGAAUUGCUCAGCAAAAGUCGCUCCAGCAAAGCUUGUGUUUAAACCACCGUCUUUUCUCGUCGACACAUCGGUUUGUUGCCCGUCUUACGAAGCAUAUUAUGCUACCGUAUCUGUUCACUUUGAAGUGUCAAAUAAGAAUAUUUUAAAAGAAGCUUACAUUGUUUGGGAAUAUCGAAUGUCAAGAGGUGUUUAUGAUUUUGCGCCAAGUCCAUGGAUGACGAUUUUGCAAACUCGCGCCGAACGAGCAACAAUCGAGGGCUUAAUUCGAGAUGUCUCUUUUCAAUUCCGAGCAAAUCUCGUUGAUGGAAUUGGACCAGUGGAAAGAUUGCUCACUCAAUGGAUUGAUAUCGAGGAUUUCCCCGCUACUAGUCCUCAUCAACUAGUAACAACUCCUACAAAAAUCACAACAAAAAAGCCCGAAAAGACACUGAAAACAACUACAAUGAAAUCUAUGAUCUCCACGACUACGACAAAGCCUUUCACAACAGAAGAGUUUCAUAAAACGAAUGAAACGGAAAAAAUCUUGUUGAUGAAGUCAAAUGAAACAGAGCUUCAACCGAAGAAAAUCGAAAAAGAAAGAGACGAUGUGGAAUUCAUUAUUGGCAAGAAGGUCGACCCAAACUUGGGACUUUUCAAACGCGCC